GUUUCGUGCCAGAGCUGGGAGGGAGGCUCCUGCUGCAGCUGCUCCUGGGACCGGCUUCCGCCCUCGGCUUUCCGAAGCCUCGUGGGCAACAGGCCUCUUCUCCUUGGAUUGAAGGGGGCCUGGAAAGGUUGGAAGGACCUCUGGAGACUAUUCUGACGGGUGAAGAAAACUAAGAUAUUUCCAAGAUGUUUGUCUGAUCAUAGUCCUGUUUGGAUGGAAUUGCAAUAUGGAAACGAAGUUGGGAUGGAGAUUGAUGGACAAGUGGAGAGUGACACAGAAAGUGAAGAUUAUCAAUAUGAAGAAGAAGGGAAGGAAGAAAAAGUAGCCCCCAAAAAGAAUAUAAAGGAAAUUGCCAAGGAAAACAGAAAAGAGAGUUAUCAGAAAGACAUUGAUGAUGAAAAUGAAGAGCUAGCAGUAUCCAGGAGGAAGAAAUCAAAUAAAAAGAAAAAACAGAAAGCAUAUAAUAAUGUCAAAGAAAAUGAAGAGGAGGAAACGGUAAAAGGGAAGGAAAAGAAAGACAAAAAGCAAAAAGAGAUUGAAAACAAGAAAGCAAAAGGAAAGGACAAGAAAAAGAAAGAAAAUACAGGUGAAAGUUCCCCCUCUUCCACUCCAAACUAUUCAGAUGAUGAAUCUCUUUCUGAAGAGGAACUGGACAAGCUAAAGGAACAGGUAGAAGAAAAGAAAAAACUCAUAUCUAUCAUACGAAACAAACCCUGGUGCAUGGCAAAAAGAUUAACUUUGCUAAGGGAGGCUCAAGAUUUUGUAGAAAAAUUUGAAGGUGCUUUGGGAAAGGGAAAAGGAAAAAAAUUAUAUGCAUAUAAGAUGAUGUUGACAAAGAAAUGGGUCAAAUUUAAGAGAGAUUUUGAUAAUUUUAAGACACAAUGUAUACCUUGGGAAAUGAAGAUAAAAGAAGUUGAAAGUCAUUUUGGUUCUUCAGUGGCAUCUUAUUUCAUAUUUCUGCGAUGGAUGUAUGGCCUAAACCUGGUUCUGUUUGGCUUAAUAUUUGGGCUAGUUAUAAUUCCAGAGAUGUUAAUGGGUAUGCCAUAUGGAAGUAUACCUAGAAAAAUUGUACCCAGGGCUGAACAACCCACUGCUAUGGAUUUCUCUGUUCUUUGGGAUUUUGAGGGCUAUAUUAAAUAUUCAGCUAUUUUCUAUGGCUACUACAACAAUCAAAGGACAAUUGGUUGGUUAAAAUACAGGCUACCAAUGGCAUAUUUCAUGGUUGGUGUCAUCGGCGUGUAUGGCUAUAGCUUGAUGGUUGUAAUAAGAUCGAUGGCCCGGAAUGCCCAUGAAGACACAGGGGAUGGAGAUGAUGAGAACUUCAUUUUUAGCUGGAAAAUGUUCACAAGCUGGGACUACCUUAUAGGCAAUCCAGAGACAGCAGAUAACAAGUUUGCAUCCAUCACAACUAGCUUCAAGGAGUCAAUUGUGGAUGAGCAAGAAAGCAACAAAGAUGAAAACAUCCAUCUAAGAAGGUUUCUGAGGGUUCUGGCCAAUGUACUUAUAAUAUGUUGCUUAUGUGGAAGUGGCUACCUCAUUUAUUUUGUUGUGAAACGAUCCCAGAUCUUUUCAAAAAUGCAAAACAUCGGCUGGUAUGAAAGAAACGAAGUUGAAAUUGUUAUGUCACUACUUGGAAUGUUUUGCCCUCCACUGUUUGAAACUAUUGCAGCCUUAGAAGAUUAUCAUCCUCGUAUUGGGCUGAAAUGGCAACUGGGACGCAUUUUUGCACUUUUCUUGGGGAAUCUAUAUACAUUCUUACUGGCCUUAAUGGAUGACGUCAAGGAAAAGCUGACUGAAGAAGGUGUGAUCAGAAACAUCACACAUUGGACUGUCCUAACCUUCCAUAACUCAUCUUCAAGGAAUGAAAGUGCUCUUAUUCCACCUCCAAUGGAUCCAGCUGAUGUGCCUCGAGGACCUUGCUGGGAAACAACUGUGGGGAUAGAAUUUGUGAGGCUUACAGUAUCUGAUAUUCUUGUGACAUUUCUAACAAUCCUAGUGGGAGAUUUUCUUCGGGCUUGUUUUGUCAGAUUUGUAAACUACUGCUGGUGUUGGGAUCUCGAGGCUGGAUUCCCUUCAUAUGGAGAGUUUGAUAUUAGUGGUAAUGUGCUAGGUUUGGUCUUCAAUCAAGGAAUGAUCUGGAUGGGAUCCUUUUAUGCCCCAGGACUUGUGGGGAUCAACGUAUUACGUUUAUUAAUCUCCAUGUAUUUCCAGACCUGGGCUGUUAUGAGCAGCAAUGUCCCCCAUGAACGAGUGUUCAAAGCUUCUAAAUCCAAUAAUUUUUACAUGGGACUCUUGCUGUUGAUUUUGUUCCUUAGUGUGUUACCAGUUGCAUAUACCAUAAUGUCUCUGCCUCCUUCCUUUGACUGUGGACCAUUCAGUGGAAAAAAGAAAAUGUAUGAUGUCAUCCAAGAGACAAUCAAAUAUGAUUUCCCACCUCUUGUAGCCAAAGUCUUAGGUUAUUUGGCAAAUCCAGGACUAAUUAUAACUGCAGUGUUGCUUAUGAUUCUUGCCAUAUAUUACCUGAGUGCUGUGGCUGAAGGAUACAAACAUGCCAAUGCAGAGCUGAAAAAGAAAAUGCAAAUGCAACAUGAAGAUAAAAAUAAGAAUAAGUUUUCUGCCAAUUCUGCAAUGCAAGAACUAGAAGACUUGCCUAUUCCAUAUGCAAAAAAACAUGGAAGGACCCAAUGCAGCUAAGGUA